UUUUCAGAUAAUUAUGGCUGAAUCAUUGGAACUUCAAGAUGCUUUGUUAUCGAUGAAGUGUUGCCUGUGCAAGAAUUAUCUAUCAGUGCCGCCAAUAAUAUCGAUUUCCGAAGAUGGGAAACAAUUGAAAUGUGGAAGGUGUGAAAAAAUCAAAAAACCAUUGAGAACUAGGAAUUUUGCUUUUGAGAAUAUCGUGAAGUUUUUCAAAUUUCCUUGUAUCUAUGAUGAUUGCAAUGAGAUGAUUCCGUGGGAGGAUGUGGAAAGACAUGAAGACAUUUGUGAGAAAAAAACUAUCAGUUGUCCAAUUCAUUACGUAUGUGAAGACAUUGUUCAGGUGCAGAAUUUGGAGGAGCACAUGAGAAAAAAUCAUGGAAGCAAUUGUUUUUCAGAUGGAUACCUAACUGCGGAAGUGAAUUUAAAUCGUCAUAUUAUUUGUUCUGUUAUUUCAAAUAACCAACAGUUUCUUGUGUCGAUUCAACAUAAUAUAAGUACACCAGAGGUAUAUGUUGCUUCGCUGAACAGUAUAAAUGAAUGUUUCACAUAUAAUUUGAAAUUAUCCAGCAUUUCUGAAGACUCAUAUUCUCUUUUAAUUGAAAAUCAGCCAAUCAAUAAAUAUGAUGACAGGGGUCAUUGUUUUGGAUGUAUAAUGAAUAAAUGUUGUGUAUUAUAUCAUCCGCAUUCAACGGUAAAUGGAAAUAUACCUGUAACUGUGAAUUACAUGAAGAUUGAUCCAACUCAUAUAAAACAUGUAUUAGGUGAUAUUUCUAAGAUGAAAUAUACCAUAGAAAUCCAUCCAAAGAAGGACCUUGAAGAAAAUGAUAAUGAUCUGGCUAAUGAAAAUUUGACAGUGAAAAGCCAAACAAACAAUUCAACCAUUGUUGAUCUGUUGAGAAAGCAGUUACAGUGUCCAAUCUGUAUGGAAUACAUGAACGGCAAUAUUUAUAACUGCGAAAUAGGACAUGUAGUAUGCGAUGUGUGUAAAAUUCAACUGACUAAGUGUCCAGCUUGUCAAACAAAAAUUGGAGAAUCUAGGAAUCUCCCUUUGGAGGAUUUAGCUGAUGAAAUAGUGUUCGCGUGUUCAUUUUUCAAAAAUGGUUGCGAGUUUACUGGAAAUUUGAAAUUGCUUCCUCAACAUGAAGAAAAUUGUGAUCAAAAGCAGCAGGACUAACACAAUUCCAUGAAGAAAAUGAUGAUGUUAUCACCAAUUAUUAUAAUUUUCCAUGGUCUCCUACCACAGAUUAUAUUAUAUUAUAAAUUUUUCUCACAAUUGCUUAUUACCGAAGUUUUUCAGUUGAGUUUCAAAUAA